GAUUUGGAGAUUUCAGCCACUGCGUCGGGCACCUUCUGGGGAGGUGUUUGCUCCCAGGGAGAGCUGGGGUGUGCUCCUCAUCCCGUCCUUAAUCCUGGGAAAUGUAACGCAGGCAGCAAUCUGCACAUCUGCCGGGAGCGACAGCAGCGCAGCUGUGACGUGGGAUGCCAUGGCCAGCUCCUCGGACAGUGACGAUGAUGGCUUCAUGGCCGUGGAUGCAGAGGACGCUGUGGUGGAAGGGACCAUGGAGCAGGAGGAUGAGCCCCACGCCGAGCUGGAGGUGGAGGAGCCCAGGCCCAGCUCCAGAUCGAUGCUGGAGCUGCCAGAAGAGGUUUUGGAAUACAUCCUGUCCUUCCUCUCUCCCUACCAGGAGCACAAAACCGCCGCCCUUGUCUGCAAACAGUGGUAUCGACUGAUCAAAGGUGUGGCCCACCAGUGCUACCACGGCUUUAUCAAGGCAGUGCAGGAGGGGAACAUCCAGUGGGAGAGCCGCACUUACCCCUACCCUGGCACCCCCAUCACCCAGCGCUUCUCACACAGUGCAUGUUACUAUGAUGCAAACCAGUCCAUGUACGUGUUCGGGGGCUGCACCCAGAGCAGCUGCAAUGCCGCCUUCAACGACCUCUGGAGGCUGGACCUCAACAGCAAGGAGUGGAUCCGGCCCCUGGCCUCAGGUUCCUAUCCCUCUCCCAAGGCUGGGGCCACACUGGUGGUCUACAAGGACUUGCUGGUGCUUUUUGGGGGGUGGACCCGGCCGAGCCCUUAUCCCCUGCACCAGCCCGAGAGGUUCUUCGAUGAGAUCCACACAUACUCCCCCUCCAAAAACUGGUGGAACUGCAUCAUGACCACCCACGGCCCCCCUCCCAUGGCAGGACAUUCCUCCUGUGUCAUCGAAGACAAAAUGAUUGUUUUUGGGGGCUCCCUUGGAUCCCGACAGAUGAGCAACGACGUCUGGGUGCUGGAUCUGGAGCAGUGGGCUUGGUCUAAGCCCAGCAUCUCCGGGCCCAGUCCUCACCCGCGCGGAGGCCAGUCCCAGAUCGUGAUAGACAACGAGACCAUUUUAAUCCUGGGAGGCUGCGGGGGUCCCAAUGCACUGUUCAAAGACGCCUGGUUGCUGCACAUGCAGGCCAACCCCUGGACGUGGCAGCCACUCAAGGUGGAGAACGAGGACCACGGAGCCCCGGAGCUGUGGUGCCAUCCUGCCUGCAGGGUGGGACAGUGUGUGGUGGUGUUCAGCCAAGCUCCCAGCGGGAGGGCCCCGCUGAGCCCCAGCCUCAACUCGCGCCCGUCUCCCAUCAGCGCCACGCCGCCCGCCCUGGUGCCUGAGCAGCGGGAAUUCCGCUCGCAGUCUCCCGUCAGGAGCGCGGACGAGGCUCCCUGCGUCAACGGCCGCUGGGGCACGCUGCGGCCGCGCAGGCAGACGCCGUCGGGCUCGCGGGAGGGCAGCCUGUCCCCGGCCAGAGGGGACAGUUCCCCGGUGCUCAACGGCGGCACCGUGUCACCCGGAGCGGCCCUGGACAGCCCCGUGCAGGCCUCGUCCCCCAGCACGCCCUCGGCCGCCGAGGGAUUCGACCUCAAGGUGGGGCCGGCCCUGGCGCCGCGCCGGGGCUCGCUGCCGGAGCAGAGGGACCUGCGCCUGGCCUCGGUGGAGCUGGGCUGGGAGCAGAAGCCCACGUCCCUCCUGUGCCACCUGGACGGCGCGGAGGGCAGGACAGCGGGCGCGCGGAACCCCCCGGAGCACACCAACGGCAUCCACACCCCGCCCCACGCCGCCGGCACCCUGCCCGGGGCCGUGUCGGGGGGGGGGGGGGGGGGGGGGGGGGGGGGGGGGGGGGGGGGGGGGGGGGGGGGGGGGGGGGGGGGGGGGGGGGGGGGGGGGGGGGGCGCCGAGCCGGGCUCGGCGCGGCCGGGCGCUGCCCAGGGCGAGGGGCACUCGCUGCCCCCCAUCGCCCGGCGCCUCGGGCACCACCCGCCGCAGUCGCUGAACGUGGGCAAGCCGCUGUACCAGAGCAUGAACUGCAAGCCCAUGCAGAUGUACGUGCUGGACAUUAAGGACACCAAGGAGCAGGGACGAGUCAAGUGGAAAGUGUUCAACAGCAGCUCCGUGGUGGGGCCGCCCGAGACCAGUUUACACACGGUGGUGCAAGGCCGAGGGGAGCUGAUCAUAUUUGGUGGCCUCAUGGACAAGAAACAAAACGUCAAAUAUUACCCCAAAACAAAUGCCUUGUACUUUGUGCGAGCAAAGAGAUAAUGCGGCCCCCGGCCGCCGCCGCCACCCGACCCCUCCAUCCCCGCGGCUCUUCCUCCUUCCCGAGCCCCUCCCAACAUGCAGGCGUUCCAAUUCCAACUGUGAAUUAGGGAGCAGGAAACCAAUAAAAGUCCAAGCAAACCCUCCAGCGCUGCCCCGGCAGUUCCCAGUAAGACCCCAGUCGAGCGAGUUGUGUUUGCAGGCGGGGAAGGACCCGAGGAUCCCAGGAUUUGGGGUGAGCAGCCAGGGAAUUCCGCCAGCCAGGAUCUUCUUGGGUUUAUUUUCCAAGUGUUUGCGAGUCUUGGUCUGUCUGAAACUCCUCGCGGGUUGUGAGUAGAAGCGGUUUUAUAGGAAUAACCCGAAUUCCAGCAGGCAGGAGGCUGUUAGCUUGAUUAAUUCCAUGCUCGACUUCAUCAGGAACAACA